AUUGAUCAGCUGUUGCUUCUGUUAUCACUUCGAAAUACGAUCCAUUAAAUUGAUAAAACAAACAGUUUCGUAAUAGAAAAAAUACAGCAGGCUGUACGCGAUUUUCGCGCACCAGCCGGAUCCGAAAUGUCCGUCGUCACCGUCGUCAAUCCUACGAAUCAAUUCUACGAAGGUUGUGGCCGGGAAGGUCCCAUCCGUUGUAUUCUGCUGAGUGAAUUUCACGCCGUAGCUGGGUCAAAAAUAUGUUGUCAGGUUCCGGAUAACUACAUCUCCAAGGACGUGUUUGAUUCGAUCCGGUUUUUUAUCAUUCCGAAGCCGCAGCUGCAGCGCUGCACGCUGACCGUCAACGCACUCGGGCACAAGGUUAUCGGUUAUCCGGUUCGGAUCGACCACCAACGUUACCCACGGAAUGCAUUCUACUUCAAUCUGUGCUUCGUGUGUGACAGUUGGGCCCGUUCGGUGCAGUACGAGCCGGUGGUGAAAAAACUGUCCGAGUACCUGCUGAUGAUGGAAGAGGAAACGGCAUUCCUCUCGAAUGCGGAGCACAAUUCUCGCAUUCAGCAUCUGUUGAGUUGUAUUCUGCGGGAUUUGAACGAGAAGCAGGUGGCGACGAUUGUGGAAGGGGAAACCACCAUCUAUCUGAAGAUUGCCAAAUUGAAACCGGAUCCGCCACCGGUACAGGACCAGCAGGUACCGCUGAUUUGCAAGGGAUUUGAAAAUAUUUGUCUGGAAGCGUGGGAUCUCACCACCCAGCAAGUGGUUCCAUUCAUCAACGGGGUCAAUCAUGUGGCCCGGAUUGCGGCGGAAGCCGAUGUGGAGAAUCAACUGGUCAAAUCUUGCAUCCAGAAUUUGGUUUACUACGGAGUAGUUCAGUUGCUUCCGUUGCUCAAGUACAGUAACGUGUACAUGUGCACGCGAAAUUUGCAAAACCUUAGCAAGGACCGUCAGUUUGCCGAAGACUGUCGGCGGUACGUGUGCUUCGAGACGGAAAAAGAACCGGCGCAGCGUCUGCCGUCGCUGCACAAAAUUCUCCAGCUGUACUCACAGAUGACGCACGGUGUUACGCUGCGGGCUCUCUGUCAGCGCAUUUGCCCACGGGACAACGGCAUCGACGAGCGGAAACUGGUCAGCUUCGGAUUGCAGCACUGUCUGAUCCGGUGCAUCAACAAGUAUCCGAUCUUUACCGGAUCGUACCCGAACGCAAGGCAUAAACUGUACACCGGACUGAACAGCCUGGACGAAAUUUGCUGCAAGACGGGCCUGUCACCGAGACGGAUCGAGGAGGAUAUUGAUGUGGACUCGAAUGUGACCGUUAUUUGGAAAUGAAUAGUUUUUGUUUUUAAAAGUAGGUAUGAACAAAUUUUACAAAAUAUUUACAACUA